AGUUUAUAAUAGCAAUAAAGCACCUCGGGGGUUUGUGGUGUAUGGCCAAUAUACCACGGCUGCCUGCUAUGGCGGACGCACGGUCUUCUCGGCAUGGAAGGGAAUACCCCCCUGAUACCCUGACUGGAGUGAUGUCGUUGUGACAAUGGUUGGCAGGGAAGUCACCUUACCCUGUGUUGAUUGGCCUCUCACGGGCUCUGUGAGCAUUAAUUGGAAGAUGAAGUCUCCCGGGCUGGACCACUGGAAACUGGUCCUCUCAGCCAAUGAGAGGCAGCAGUUCUCGGGCGCAGCCUCAAAGGCUUCCAUGCGAUUGGUUGACUCAAACUUUCAGGAAACUGGGGACUUCUCUCUACUGUUUGUCCCCAAAAUGGAGGACAAGGGUCGCUACUCCUGUCUGAUUAAACAGCAAGAGAAGAAACUGAGAGAGAAGAUCAUACUAUUAGCCAUCCUCACAGUCUCUAUCUUUCCUUCAGCCACUCUCCCUCACCACAGCACACUGCGUCUGAUGGCAGAAGUGUCCCCCGCCUCCACCGUUUCCGAGGUAACCUGGCUGUCCCCUGGCGGGACGCCGCUACGAUUGGCAAAGAGGUCAGGGGGGGGUGUUGCCAAGCUGCCCCAGAUACGCCUCACUGACCAGGGGGUAUACAUCUGCCAGGUGUACCCAAGGGGUAACAGCAGCUCCCCUAUGUUCCCCUUCACUGUGGACCUCCGCGUGGAUGGUAUGAAUGUGGCCUCGUUCACCAAUAUAAGCCAUAGUGCUCAGAUCUCUAUGGCCAGUCUCACCCAGACCCCUAUCACCCUCGCCUGCCCUCCGAUGCGGGGCGACUAUGUCCUGCUCUAUUGGAAGCCCCCAGACAGCAAAAACAUUAACACCACAACCCUGGUCUACGGGUACGACCGCUGGAGGGACCGCACAGAGCAGAGCAAGACUCAUGCCCAGCUGAGCCUGGACGGGCCAUUGUCUACCCCAAAAGAGGGUUUCUUCUCCUUCCUGCUGAGCCCGGGGCUGAAUGACGGAGGCCUCUACACGUGUGAGGUCUUCCUCAAUGACAACGCGUUCAGCCAGAGGACCCUACUUAGCAUCCUCCAAGUGAAAGCCAGACAUUCUCCAUCAGCCCUGGUCCUGACGUGUCAGUAUACAGAGCGCUCCCAGGUGAAGCGGGUGGUGUGGAGCCACCAGAACCAGAGUCGCACGCUGAAGUGGAGCUCCUCUGGCCCGGGUCGCCUCAGCACCGUGGUCCCCCUGUCCCCCACCCAGGACACGGCUGGGAACUACACCUGCACCAUGCAGCUGCAGAAUGGACAGGCGGUCAAGGCUGUUUACACCGUCAAACUGCCCCCGAAAGAGAACACAGAGAGCACUACCUCUAUCUCUCCUCCUCACCCAGAGAGCAACAGUGCCUCGCUCCUUCCCUCCCUCCUCUCUGCUUUAUUACUCCUGGUGCCCCUGGUUGCCGCGGUUGCUGGUGUGUUGCUAUGGAGACAGAAAGACAUUUCUCGCCGUGGUAUUGAACAGUCUCUCUCCCACUACUCUGGGGAAGUGGAAAAUAUCUAUGAGAAUCCUGAGGAUGUCAGACAGACUUAUCCUCAGAGUUCAGUGUACAUGGACCUGAAGCCCAGAGGGGAGGAUGAUGUCUAUGAGGAAUUGGAUCGAUACAAAUCAUGCAGCCUUCUGGAGACCUCUACAUCGCAGGAUUUAUCAGCAAAAGCUUGAAGCAAUAUUAUCUCUCCUCUGUUCAGUAUAUGGACAUUUACAGUGCCUUGACUUUUUCCACAUUUUGUUGUGUUACAGCCUGAAUUUAAAUUGAUUACAUUGAGAUUUUAUGUCACUAGCCAACACACAAUACCCAAUAAUGUCAAAAUGAAAUUAAUAAAAAUGAAA